AUGGCAAAGAAGAGAAGGAUUUCAUCAGUCACAGUAUCUUCUGGUAAUGACCCAGCAUUGGAUGCCAAACUACUAAAUUCGUUGAUAGAUCAAGGUGUAAAUUUUGAUCUUCUUGCAAACCCAGAUUUCAAAAGUUUUAUAGAGGGAAAUAAUCCAAAUUUCAAAUGUCCAUCUACAAAUGUUGCCAACAAGUUUACCGAAAUUUCAGCAUCCAAGUAUAUUCAACAUGUUGCCUCCACUAUAUCUAAUUCAGAUUUCCCAUUUGUUUACUUGAUGAUGAGUUUUUGGAGAUAUUCAGGAAUAAAACUAAUGAAUUUAAACAUCCAAUAUUACGACAACGCUAGAAGAACUUGUUGUAUUGGUGUUUUCAAAGUUAAAUCGUUUAAUGAGGAAGCAAUAGCCAAUUUGAUUGUCAAUAGAUUGAAAGAAUUACAUCUAAAUAAAACAGUUAUUGGUGUUACAUCUGAUAAUUCAUCAUUUGCCAAAGAGAUCAAGAAAAAACUAUUACAAUCAAGUAAACUACCAAUGUUAAAGAAAGAAUGUCUAUUUGGUUGUUUAAUCAAUGUGUUGAAAGAUGCAUUAUAUACAUUUACUGGAGUGUAUCAUCAAGAAAUGAAAUUGAAAAAAGGCACAGAUCAUGAUUCAAGUGCAGAGGCUUCAAAUACAGAUUCAACCGAGAUUGAAGAACAAGUUUUCAUUAAGCCUGAACUAGAGGAUAAUUAUGCUGAUGAUGAAGAAGAAUCUGAAGACGAAGAAGAAGAUGAAGAUGAAUUAUAUAGAGAUAAAGCUAAUAAAAAGCAGCAACAACAACAAGAAUCUGAGAGAGAAGAAAAAUUGGUCCAUAUGAAUAGUAUAGACUCUGACUAUACAGUGAGGUUAGAUAAUAAACCAAUGUCUUUAAGGGAGGAAAAUCAUGAAUUAAAAGAAUUGAAUGAAAUAUUAUAUUACACAGUGACAACAAAAGUUCAAAGGCAAAGGAAUUUUUAUUCAAUAGGUUCAUGUUUGAAACAACUUUAUGAUUUUUUACAAGAUUCAGAACUUUUAUUGAUGGAUCAUUUAAUUGAUUCAUCAGUUCAUUUUGGUAUUCUUGAAAAUUUAAUAAUUAGACUUUCACAAAUUGAAAAUUUAUCUAAAAAUCUUGAUCAUACACCAACUCUCAAAGCUGCAACUAUCACAGUCAAGAAAUUAACAGACUAUUGGGAAGAAGUUAAAACAAAUCCUAUAUUAAUGAUGGCUAGUCAAAUGUUUGAUUUAAAUAAAAUGAAGAGCUUAUAUUCAGCAUUAAAUAAAGAUCAAGAAAAUUUACUUUCUGAAUAUUUACCCAAGAUGGGUGAACAUGAACAAAACAAUUCAAUUCCAACUAAAAAAAUUGAAAGUGCAAAUAUUGAUAGUACUAAUGGGUUUUAUCAUACUAAUGGGAAUAAGAGGAAAAGACAACUUGAAGAUGAUAGAAUGUUGGAACUUAGAGAAAAAUUAGGAUUAGGUGUCCAUAGACCUGGUCAAGAAAGUAAAGAGAAUCAAGAUGGUUCUGCAGAACUUACACAUUUUAAAAGUUUUUUCAUGACAUCUAAAAUUUUUAAAGAGUUGAAACCGAAUCAAGUUGUUAAAUUUUAUUUUCAAGAUAAUGAUGAUGAAGAUAUUGAAUAUAAUUUGAAAGGGUUAUAUCCCAAUAUUUCCAAGUUGGCCAAAAUUGCUGCAAUAACACCUGUCACAUUAUUAGAAUGUGAUCGAUCAAGUGAAUAUGCUAAAACUGUCAUGUUUGUUAAUAAGUUUAGUACACAUAUAAAUCAUGUGGAGAAAGUUUCAAAUUUGACUAUUGUCAAGUCAUUUUUAAAAAAUCAUAGGUGA